AUGAUCAUCAUGAGGCUGGCUGCUCUCCCUCUGCUGCUCUGCUGCAGUGUGACAUCACUGCAGAACUGCUCGUACCAUGACGUGUUGAACCAUGUGCAGCUGAACCAGAAGAGAGAUCUGUUCACUCUGAUUCGACCAGUGAGAAACCACAGCCACGUCACCGAGGUCGAGCUGGACGUCUUGGUCUACGCUAUCCUCGACGUGCGAGAGAUCGACCAGACGUUCAUCUCCUACAUAUGGGUUGUGAUGCAAUGGAGGAAUGAGUUCAUCCACUGGGACCAGGAGGAGUUCUGUGGCAUCGAGGCGGUGGCUGUUCCCAUUGAGAUGUUGCGGAAGCCAGACAUCACCAUAGAGGAGAUGUACGUGUCCCAAUGCUCCCAGUAUCACUCUGUAGGACCAGGAAACACCAGGAAACGCCAGGUUCAGAUCCAUCACAGUUCUCAUGAGGCUCAUGGGAAGAAAACUCUACAACUCCAUACCUAG